AUGGAGCCAUCGACCGUUUCUUAUUAUAAAACAGAGUACAUUGAGACGGAUACCGGAAACAAAGUUAGUCGUAAAUCUGUCAUUUGUGGAAGUCAAAAUAUUAUUUUAGGAGGAAAGACAAUAAUUCAAACAGACUGUGUAAUUCGAGGAGACUUGCGUCGUACGGGAGGUGGACAUGCAGUAGUCGUCGCAAUUGGUAGAUACUGUUUGUUGUCAAGGGGAAGUAUUAUACGACCACCUUAUAAAACAUAUAAAGGGGCAUUUAGCUACUACUCGAUGAAGAUAGGUGACCAUGUUACUAUCGGAGAGGGUAGUAUCGUAGAGGCGGCAACGAUUGGAUCAUUUGUGCAUAUUGGAAAGAAUUGCGUUAUUGGCCGAUUCGCAAUAAUCAAGGACUGUUGUCGUAUAGAAGAUAACACGGUGAUUCCACCAAACACCGUUGUUCCUUCUUUCUCAAUUUACGAGGGAUCUCCUGGAGUGUUUGUCGAUGAACUUCCAGAAUGUGUUCAAGAUUUAUAUGAAGCAAAGACCAAAGAUUAUUAUGCAAAGUUUCAACUUCGAGGGGAUUGA